AUGCCGCGCGAGUUCCAAUUUGUUGCCGUCCUACGCCCGACGGAGCCCGUCCCCUUCGAAACACGAAAGCUGACACAUUCACACGCCCGGCGCGAGACGCACGCCAUGAAAAAACGCUUACGGAUGCAAAGAGUUCAAGCAAAUGCCACGCAAGCUCAUGCAAAAAGUGCCAUGGUAGUCCUCGGCCCGCCCUUUCUAAGUCUACCUAGCAGCAUAGUGAGCUCUCGCAAAGACAUCUUCUCAGUCCUGCCCAGACCAUUGUCUCAUCAGGAACACUUUCUCCUUGAUCACUAUGUCCGAAUCGUCGUGCCGCAUGCCACGGCGACAUGUCAUGAUUUGUUUAGCGCCCCAGGUGACCAUCAGGAGCGGGUCUUUCGGGAAUGGGUAGGUCUCGCUGUGACUGACCGGGACCUCCUCGACACCGCUGUUCUCCUCAGGGCCGGCCGGCAUCUUCGGGAGACCAGACCAGAUGAUCCAGUCUUGCCGCAAAUGAUACUCCUCUACAAGCAGAGAGGUCUGCAGAGACUGCGUCGAUUGCUUAGCGGCAUGUCGUCGCCAGUGAAUGCGUUAAUUGUAGCCAUGGCCCUUUCAUUAGCGAUGGAUGAGGAUGCAUUUGGAGAGAUGGGAGUAGCCCGCAUGCAUGCAGAAGGUGUAUUUAAUAUGGUCGAUCUCGGCGGCGGCCCGGGUUCUAUCGGUCUCACAGGCUUGCUUCAAACAAUGUACGAGGCAUGGCAACAUACAUUCAAAGUUGGAAAAUACCUCGCUUCAUAA